CUGGAAUACGGCAACAGCGAAUAUAUACAGUAUUUUUUUUACACAUAUACGUAUAUAUAUAUAUAUAAAACACAUUAAAAGAAACGGAUGUGCCUCCGAAAACGAAACGGAUACCGUCCACCUGAUCAUUUUAAUGCAAAAAAUUGAGAGGUCCGUGGCCAAAGAGGGGAUGACAUGCAUGUUCCGAGGCUGUUAACAUCGCUGAGGAUUAGAAGACCAAUAGGCUGCCAGAGCUGUCAAGCCAUGAUGGACAUACUGUACACAGGCCCUGUCCCGGCAGACGGAGGGUCUCCAAUGACUGUCAGCGAGAUGUCGCCCAGCCGGGCUCAACGGCAGACCAACACUCAGAGACCUAACACAUGCUGCUUCUGCUGGUGUUGCUGCUGUAGCUGCUCAUGUUUCACUGUUAGGAAUGAAGAGGACAGAAGGAGGAAAUCCCUGCAGACGCAUCUGGAGACCAUAUCAAACUGUGAACCUAGCACCAAACCAACAUUAGAGGAGAUGAGCGUUUGGUCCCAGUCGUUCGACAAGCUGAUGAAGAAUCCUGCAGGUCGGAACGUGUUCAGAGAGUUCUUAAGGACUGAGUACAGCGAGGAGAACAUGUUGUUCUGGCUGGCCUGUGAAGACCUCAAACAGGAGAUGAACAAGAACACAGUGGAGGAGAAGGCACGCAUGAUCUACGAGGACUACAUCUCUGUCCUGUCUCCCAAAGAGGUGAGUCUGGACUCCCGGGUGAGAGAGGUGAUUAACAGGAAGAUACAGGAGCCUACGCCCUACACCUUUGAGGACGCCCAGCUUCAGAUCUAUACCUUAAUGCACAGAGACUCCUAUCCUCGCUUCCUCAACUCGUCUCUCUACAGAUCACUGGUUCACCCAGGCUCCCGCACCUCCUCAGAGUCCUAGGUUCACCCAGGCUCCUGCACCUCCUCAGAGUCCUAGCUUCACCCAGGCUCCUGCACCUCCUCAGAGUCCUAGCUUCACCCAGGCUCCUGCACCUCCUCAGAGUCCUAGCUUCACCCAGGCUCCUGCACCUCCUCAGAGUCCUAGCUUCACCCAGGCUCCCGCACCUCCUCAGAGUCCUAGCUUCACCCAGGCUCCCGCACCUCCUCAGAGUCCUAGCUUCACCCAGGCUCCCGCACCUCCUCAGAGUCCUAGCUUCACCCAGGCUCCCGCACCUCCUCAGAGUCCUAGCUUCACCCAGGCUCCCGCACCUCCUCAGAGUCCUAGCUUCACCCAGGCUCCCGCACCUCCUCAGAGUCCUAGCUUCACCAGGCUCCUGCACCUCCUCAGUCAUAGGUUCACAACAUUCUCUCUCUCUCUCUCUCUCUCUCUCUCUCUCUCUCUCUCUCUCUCUC